AUGGGACCCGGUUACGAUGCCGCCGCGGGGAAUCGAACAGCCGAGCUCAGCGCCGAACAUGCGACAACUACGACAGAUGCCGCCGCCAAGUCUUUGUUGAGCGGAACUUCGAUGCCCCCGCCCACGGACAUGACUAGCGACGAGGAACCAAGCCCAAGGCCCUUCAUGUCAUUCGAAGACUGGAAAGAAAUGAUGCUUCGCAAGGCCGGGCAGGAUCCAUCCGAGUUGAAAAGUCGCAGGACCUAUGAUCGAGGUGAAGAUCAUGAUGGAGCAGCGAAGACCUCGGGGCUGGACAGUCUGGGUGACGAUGGCGAGAUCGAUCUAAAUUUCGAUGUUGUCUCGGAGAAAAUCAGCAACAUUGCAUCGGCGCCGCAAGCAUUACCAACUGAGUCGGGAGCAUCAGACCUCCAAGAACCGGUGCUCUACGACGAUGGCAGGACCCAAUACUAUCGAAGCAAGGAUGCUGGGAAGACCUGCAAAGAACGAUUCUCGUACUCGUCAUUUGAUGCCGGCGCGACAGUUCUGAAGACCAACAAGGGUGCGAAGAAUGCGAAAGCCAUCUUAGUCGAAAACAAGGAUUCCUAUAUGCUUUUAGAGUGUUCGGCGGAAAACAAAUUCGUCAUCGUGGAGCUGAGCGAUGACAUUUUGGUUGACACAGUGGUGCUUGCCAACUUUGAAUUCUUUUCGAGCAUGAUCCGUCAGUUCCGAGUCAGUGUCAGCGACAGAUAUCCUGUUAAGGUCGACAAGUGGAAGGACCUUGGCACAUUCGAGGCAAAGAACUCUCGAGACAUACAGCCUUUCCUUGUACCCAAUCCUCUGAUCUGGGCAAAGUAUGUCCGCGUUGAGUUCUUGAGCCACUAUGGGAACGAGUACUAUUGCCCGGUGUCUUUGCUACGAGUCCAUGGCACUCGAAUGUUGGAGUCCUGGAAGGACACCGAGACACCCGCCGACGAAGAGGAUGUAGCUGAUGAAUCGCCAGAGGGCAUUUCCGGCUCUGUAAGUAGCUCUGAUACGACCGCCGACUUGGCAGCGUGGGAUAGGACAUCUCACUCCCCAACAAGCCAUUCGGGCGAGACCAUAACAGCUUGCGAUCUUGACUACUCAAUGGAUCCUUUCCAGCCACUCAAACUGUUUAGAUCCUCUGUUUGGGAUAAUUCCACUUGUCCGAAAUCUACAAGGGGUCCCGUCGCGGGAAUGACAGCGACGCCACCAUCGACAGAAGCAAAUCUUGCUGACACAGGGCCCAACGUUCAGAAGAAGUUGGCAUCCGGAAUCUCCAAUGGGCACAUGGGAGAAAACAAACCACCUGUCCACACAAUCAUCGGCGGCAAUCAACCAGAGAUUAGCCCCGAAUCGACAGCAGCUUCGGCCUCUGCAACUUCUCACCAAAUCAACACGCCGCCGGACCCCCGCCCAGCAGGAGCAGGGACUGAGGACAUAAAUGCUAGCUCUUCUCCGACCAAAGCAACGUCGCAGUCCAAUGCUCAGUCUCGAUCCAAGAACAACUCAACAGCAGCCCCUGCUUCUCCUACUGUGCAGGAGAGUUUUUUCAAGGCUGUCAGUAAGCGGCUGCAAUUACUGGAAGCCAAUGUGACUUUAUCACUCAAGUACAUCGAAGAUCAAUCACGUUCGCUGCAGGCGACCCAAUAUUUGACUGAAAGAAAACAGCUGUCCAGAAUUGAUUCUUUCUUGAACAGUCUGAAUCAUACUGUUCUCUCAGAGCUGCGGACGGUACGCCAGCAAUACGACCAAAUUUGGCAGUCGACGGUCAUUGCACUGGAAAGUCAGCGGGAGCAAUCACAGAGAGAAACCGUGGCGCUGAGCUCACGACUCAACAUUCUUGCCGACGAGGUGGUGUUCCAGAAGCGAAUGGCAAUUGUACAGGCCAUUCUCCUACUUUCUUGCCUUGUAUUGGUCAUUUUCUCGAGAGCCAUGGCGCAACCCAUCUUAACUGGCUCUUUUGAUGCCUAUCGAUCCCCAAGCUUGAACCACCCCCUACCAGGCCUACCAACUGAUCGCAAUGUCGAUAACUCUUUCGCCUCUCGAUAUGACAAGUUUGGGCGGCCUGUUGAAUGCAGCGACGGCGGUCACUUCGAUACUGGCCCAUCUCUAACAGAAGCGCCAAAUGAGCACCGUCAGCUACUCACGCCGACAUCAGACAUCGCACACGGUUCCUACAUCGAUGAUGAGGCUGUGUCCGGCCCAGAUCAGAUGCCGGGGACAGAUCAUGUCCGAGAUGAACAGUAUCUCGGAAAUGAGCUAGACAUUGGUUACCAGUGCUCUUCUUCCAGCCACAGUACUCUUUCCACAGAGGAGGGAGGAUUUGUUACAGAUGAACCCUUGACAGCCCCGGACUCUCCCACCCGGGUUACAGAACGAUGCCCACCAGCAAUCUCGUCUUUGGAGACGCCCCCGAUCGCAGUGCCGGAUCUAAGGUUCCCGCCAUCCAGUCGUGGAGUUGGUUCGCUGGCAACACGCAAGCCACUGCCUGCCCUGCCGGAGUACCCGCCUUAA